AUGGGAGAUAUUGGCUCGGUCAUCGCAGAGAGGUAUCAAGCGACCCUGCAUACAGCACCAAAUCAGGGAGUUAUGACUGCAGACGGUACGGUUAGCCAAGUGCAAGCCACGUGUUAUCUCCCUAUUGAGAUCGAUCGUGUUUCGCGAAUGAUGAUGAUCCAUAUUGUCCCAAGCAUGGGUGAAAAAGUAUUCUUGAGCAUGGACUUCAUCCACAGAUUCAGAAUCGUACAUGAUGGGAGCAAGCGAACGUGGUAUAUGUCGGACGACCCGGAAAUAGUCUACCACUAUACCCAGGAAAGUACUGAGUUGGAAGUGGAAAUGAGGGAUGUAAAACCGGCAACAUUAGACCAGUGUUGCGGCCUCAGAGAAAUUACAGCUGAGGAGCGACAAGAACUAGACAUGUUGGUUGCCAGGAUUAUUAGGCUCCCUCUUGAGAUACUGCCGGCCACUGACCGAAUCACUCAUAGCAUAAACAUCGCGGGACACCCACCGAUAAAACAGAGAUGUUAUCGAGUGUGCCCGAAGGUGUUGAAAAAUAUGCAAGAUAAGGUGCACCGAAUAUUAGCCGUAGGCAUUGUUGAGCCAUCGAAGAGCGGUUGGUCCAGUCCGGUAGUAAUGGCCCGAAAGGCAGACGGGACAUAG